UUAUUCUCAUUCCUCGCUUGUUGCGAAGUAAAGUUAGAGCUCUUUCCUUUUUUCUCAUUUUAACUUUCAUUUUAAAACGUAAAAUUCAUUGUUAUUACACAGUUUUUAACUUCAAGCUUUAACAAUUGCUUACGCGAAUUCAUUUUAAUUAAUAUUGAACACUAAAAAGUUCAAGACAUGGCUUAUGUCGCAGCCGGUGUGUUAGAUCGUACAUCUAACGAAAACGGUCAAAAAGAAAAUCUUACUAAUGGCUCUAGUGAGAAAGCAGAGGUCAAAUUAUACGUUUCUAAUUUGCCAUCAGAAUUAAAUGAGGAUGGCAUUAAACAAAUAUUCUGUCAAUAUGGAGAUGUCACUUCUAUUUUGUCUCCUUCAUCGGCUGAUUGGGCCUUUGUUACCUAUAGAACACAACGUGAAGCUGUUCUUGCAAUAGGCGGCUUAGAUCGUAAACCUCCUUUAAAUUUAAUAGUUGAAUUCUCCAGAGGACGACAAACAAAAAAUGUAAAAGAUUACAGACGCGAAAACGGAUUAGCCGUUGAUUCUGACAGAGCUCCUAAUCCUUAUGCACCAGAUCACAGAGAAUCCAGUGUUUAUAUUCCACGUAAUCACAUACCACAUCAAAAUAUGGAUAUUGGCAUUCCGGAAAGAUUACGAUCACGAUACAUGAUACCUUCUUACGAAGUGGAAGAUGAUAUAAUGUACCCAGUAGAAAGUCAUCCAAGAACAUUAAAUCCGUUUGAAAAUACUUAUCCUUAUCAUAAUACAAAUUUACUGUGGACAAGAGGAGCACUGGGCGUUGCUGAUAAUGGACGACGACAUGUGUACAUGGGUCGCGGAUAUACACGUUACGAAAUUCCCAAUCAUCAUCCUCGAAUGGAGGAUCAUUUAACGUCUUUGUAUGAAAGACGUGUAAACGGCUUAUAUGAAUGCGGAGUGGAUCACAUUAGAAACGAAGUGGGCAGAUGUUCGCUUUGUGCAAACAUAACCAGAAUGAGGUGCUCUAAAUGCACCGCAUUUUACUGCUCCAGAAAUUGCCAACAAAAAGAUUGGGAGACACAUAAAAUUGAAUGUCUCUCUUUACCAGCCUUAACUGGAGUUCCAAAUGUUGUUAAUGAUUUGCAAGAACGAGUUUCGGUAUUAAAUCAAAGACAACGAGAAAGAUCUGACGCCUCUCAAAAAUUGUUGAAUUCUCGAGAUCAAGAGCAGGAAGCGUCAAAUCUUGAACAAAAGUUGAAGGAAAAAUUGAAAAUUCAACAACCAGAUGUAAAAGAUGAGGAUUUUAAUUUUCAAAAACAAUUUUUGAAAAAAGACAAAUUUAUUUCGGUGGAAGUUAUGUCAAUCAUAACAAAUUGCGAGUACUAUAUUCAACGUUCUGAAGACGCUGAUAAAUUUAUUAAUUUAAUGAAUGAUUUGAAAACUUCCAAUUUAGCACCGAUAGCAGAAUUAAUUGUUGGUUCACUGGUUGCUUGUAAAUUUUAUGAUAUUUGGCAUCGUGCUAUGAUUUUAUCAGUUGAUCCGCUGACUGUACAUUUAAUUGACUAUGGAGUUGAUCAAACUUUGAAAGAUAAUGACAUACGCGAUUUAGGAAGAUUAAAAAAUAUUCCACGUUUCUCGAGACAAAUCUUUAUUCAAAAUCGAACUGAAGAUGAGCCAUUAAAGGAGAAUGAACAAUUGUUAGUUAAAUUAAUAUCGGAGAAUGAAAAUGGAAUAUUGAUGGUUGUCAUUCCACAAGUGGAAAAAGCGUCUUCAGUGAAAAGUGGCCGCAGUUCACAAAAUCGUCGUGAUUCACAGAGUAGUCAUAAAUCGGCUAAUAAUAAAAUUGAAUCAAGUCCAAAGAAACAGGAUAAAGUGGAAGAAUCACGUUCUCAUUCGCAUGUGAAGAGUCCCGCGGGUUCUUCUAAAGGUGAAAAGAGACAAGCGUUUGUAGCAGCAUCUGAGGAACCUUCAUGUCCAACUGGUAGCAUUAUAGAUCAUCUUGAAGCAAAAGAUGAAGGUGCAAUUGAAAUUCAUACUCAACUUGGAAAAAAUACAUUUUCCAUUACAAUAAUUCCUCAUAAAUUAUCGAAAUAUUAUGAAAAGGUUUUGGUUGAUUUACCAAUAUCUUGCAGAGCAAUGGCGAUAACCCAAAGCUACACUCCAACCAAAGAAGGAGAAAUUGUUAUAGGAAAAAGAGCAGAUGAUGACUGGGUUCGCGGACAAGUUGUGUCACUUGGCUCUCCAAUAAAAGUAGCCACAAUCGAUGAGGGUCGUGUUUGCUUAGUGAACCACUGUCUUGAAGUGCCAGCUGAAUUUGCUAAAAUUUGUACUUUCGCUGCAACCUGUUCAGUUCAUGACUGUAAUGAGAAGAUUGAAACUCUACAAUACUUUACAUUCACGGUGCUUUCUUCAAAAAUACAAAAUGGUGAGAAAAAAUUGGAAAUUAUGAUGACGGGGGAAAAUAAUUCAACAUUCAAAGCUGAUUUAACGCAAUGGCAACCACCACCUGAACAAAUUGGCGUAACAAUGCCAGAAUUGAAGACCAACACAGAGAUAAUUUUAACAGCUUUUCGCAGUCAAUCUCUUCUCUACGUACGCAGCCUUGAGUCAAGUGAAGUUGAGCGUUACAGUAAAUUGCAGCAGAAUGUUGCAAAAGCGGCUCAGACAGCUCCAAAAUUGAAAAAUGUUCCCGUGAUUGGCGAAAUGGUUUUAUCGAAAUUCGAAGACAACAAUUAUUAUCGAGCAGUAGUAACUAAAAUUGAUGGUGAAAAAAUCUUCAUCACUUAUAUUGAUUUUGGCAAUGUUGAAAUAUCAACGAUCAAUGGCAUGAAAGAAAUGCCAAUUGAAUUAAAACGGCAACACUCGGCAACGGUAAAAAUUACAUUAAAAGGAGUUCCAAAAGACGUUCCAAUGACUGAGGAUCUUGCAAAUUAUCUUGCAAAUUUCACACAAUUAGAGCAACCAUUGAAAAUGACUUUCGAAGGUUCUCCAUUAGAUGAUGGCGUUGAAUUGAAAACUGCAUCGCGAGAAAGCGUCAAUGAAAAAGUUAAGCAAUUGCUUACACCAAAUUGGAAAGAGGUGGAAAAUGAGAAAAAAUGUUACAUGUUAGACGAAUUUCCUUGUGUACGUUUGGGAAAAAAAGGUGAAACACUCUCAGCUUUUCUUCUCUUCACUCAAAAACCGGGAAUUGAAUAUUUUAUGUGUCCUCUUGACAUUGAAUUAAUAUCACACGUUCAAGAAACUCUUCCUACGUUGAUUCAAAAAUAUGUUGACACCACGACUGAACCUUAUAUUCCACGAGAGGGUGAAAUGUGUAUCGCUCCUUUCCAAGGUGUUUAUUAUAGAGCCGCAUGCUUGUCAAGAGGCUUAGAUAAAUCAACUGUCUUUUUCGUUGACUACGGUAAUCUCGCUGAGGUCGAACACAAAGAUUUGAGAUUUUUCCCUAAGAUGUUUGCAAAUCCAGAAGCUCUUGGAACUGUUUGCAGAAUUCAAAAUCUAAUACCAAAGGAAUGCGAGGAGAACAUGUCUGAAAAACUUCAAACACGGAUUUCGGAACUUUUGAAAGAACAAAAUGCAAUAAGUAUUAAGAUUGUUGAUAUUGAUGAAGCAAGUGCUACUUAUUUCAUUGAAAUGCCUGAAAUUCGAAACAUUUUUCUCAAAGAAAAUUUAUUUUGAAGUCCUUAGAAAAAAACUAAAAAGUCAUCGAUUGAAAAAGAAAAAAAAAUAAUUUUAUUUUUUGUACUUGUUAAAAAUAAGGGUUUUUGAUUGUCAUUAUUUUUUUUAUGGUGAAAUUAUUCACCGCAAUUAUAAGAGAAAUAUUUAGUUUCUUUUCUCAACCAAAAAAGAAAAAAAAGAAGAAAAUAAUGUUUUAAGUUAACGAUUAGAUUUUUUUUCCAACUGUUAUAUUUUAGAAUUAAGUUUCAUUUUAAACAUUUAAUUUUGACAAUUAUAAUGUAAGUUUUUAUUUUAAGAACAAGUUUUUUAAUCUUUCACAUUGACGGAAAUAACAAUUGUUUUUUUUUUUUUUUUUUUUUUACAAAUUUUUGAUUAAUAAAUGUAGACGUUAAUUUCAACGUCAUAUAUUCGUAAAAUAUUGUUUUUAUUUUGUCAUUUAAGAAUGAGAAAAUUUUUUUUGUAUAUAUUGCUUACUCAUAGAGGAAGUAUUCAUUUUAAAGAACACUAUGCUUAAUUGGAAAAUUUUUCUUCCAUUCCUUUCUGGAGGGAAUAAUAAUCUUGAAGAUAGGAUUAAAUUUUAUCAGGCAAAAAUCUUAAUAGUAAAAGCCAAUUUCAUUUAAACGUUUAAAAUUGUUACAAUUGUAGAAUUAUAGAAAAAGUUUAUUAACACAGAUGUUCUAAAAUUUUUACUAUUUUCCUAUCAGUAGUAUAUAUAAUUUUUAGUCAGACAACAUAUUAAAUAUUCGUUGAAUUUUAGUCUUUGUAGAAAAAGAUAAUUACAGUCAAACAAAAAUUGUCCCUAUACUUUUAGUUUCAUAAGCUAAAUUUUUAUUCCCUUCAGUAGUAAAGAGUGGUAUUAAUCAGACGAGAUGAUUUACAAUUUUUUAUAAUAUUAAUACCUAGUAAACGAAUGUUUCAGUCAGACGAAAAGUUUCCGUCUAAUUUGUCAAACGAAGCGUUUGAAAUUGCUUGCAAAGAUGACAAAUGAUUUAAUAUAAGAAAAUGUUUUAAAAAAACUAUUUAAAUAAUAAAUUUAUUGUUUUUAUGUUUA